GCUUUGGCAUAAUUUCUUCCGACGCAGCUCCCGCCUUGCUCCGGCCGGGAAGGAAUACAAAGCUUUUCUGGGAGGAGGAACUGAAUAAGGACUGAAUGUGAGAGUGGGAAUGGUGUUUCUCCAGCAAAGCCAAGAAAUUCCAUGUUAAGGACUGGGUGCAACGGUUGCUUGUGGGGAGUUGUGCUGUUAGGGAAUUUCACCCACCUUUAAGGAUAAUCUUGGAAAAAAAACAUUUCAAGGCACCGGGGGGUUUUUACCCAUCUUUAGGGAUAAUCCUGAGAAGGAGACUUUAUUUCCCAGGCACCAGGAAAACAACCAGGUUUGUUCCACACAGUCCUGAAAUUUGCUCUUGUACCUGAUAUACCAGCACUUCCCUCUCCUAGCCUUUCCAGAUUUUCCACUUCCAGAUUUUUAGCUUGACAUUAAUUCUUUUCCCAUUCUUUUCUCUUCCUUGGUGGCAGAAUUUUUAUCCCAGCCAUCAACUGCAAAGCACCAAAUUCCAUGGAGCACUUUUCUGAUCUGGACUCCCACGGAUGAGGCUGUUCUUCCUUUCCCUCUCUGCCCCGAGGAAUGCGGAAAAUCAGGAUUUGGAGGCAUGGCAGGAGCACACGCCUUCUGCAGGCACAGAACCUGACAAAAUCCAGAUUUAUGGACAAGAUCUGUGGUUUUGUUCCCUUGUGGGAAGCUCUGGAGCUGAAGGAGCCCGGCAAGGGGCUCAGGAGUAGAAAGGAGCUCUGUCUGGACAUUGAUUUUGUCUGCCAGAGCAAUUGGAAUUGUUUGGUUUGGUUUGUUUUUUUGUCUGAAAGGGGCUUUUAAAAAUGUAUUUUCCUUUGGACAGAUCUCCUAGUUCUAGUAUUUUGUCCUUCCUUCCUUUUCCCGGCCUCACAGCUGGAGUGCUUGGAGUGGGAUGGGGACAGGGAUUUGCUCCCUGUAAAUGUACAAGAGAAACUUCCUGCUUUCUCACCGCUCCCAAAUAUUCAUUUAUUAUGUAAUUUAUUCCUGGAUCCUUAUUCCUAAUUUGGAAAAAAAGCCCCGCCACCUUUGAGAUGAGAAUUGGGUUUAGUUUGUGAAUUUUCCGAGCAGAUGCCCGUUGUUGGUUACAGCAAAGUGGGAGUUGUUCUCCCAGUUCCUGGAGGAUGAAGCAGCAGUCCCGGAGCCCACUUAAUUUUGGGAGGAGGUUCAUUCCCUCGGCCCAUUGCCCACGGGGAUGUGCAGCCCGUGCUCUCGGUGUCAUUGCCAGGUUGAUGCCGAGGAGCCCGUCCGGUGCCUCUGACUCCGUCUGGCCUCGGCUAUGGACAUCGUUCUGUCGGAUUUUGUUCGCUCAACGGGGGCAGAGCCGGGGCUGGCCAGAGACCUCCUUGAAGGCAAGAACUGGGACCUGAGCGCGGCGCUGAGCGACUUCGAGCAGCUCCGGCAGGUGCACGCCGGGCACCUCCCGCACUCCUUCGGCGAAGGCCGCGGGGCCCGGCCCCCGGAGCGGGAGGCGGCGCGGCCGGGGCGGCCCCCGCUGCGGCGCCAGGACGACGUCGUGCAGGAGAAGCGCCUGUCCCGAGGCAUCUCCCACGCCAGCUCCACCAUCGUGUCCCUGGCCCGUUCCCACGUCUCCAGCAAUGGCAGCAGCAGCGAGCACCUGCUGGAGAUGCCCAUCUGCACCUUCCAGCUGCCCGACCUCACCGUGUACACGGAGGAUUUCCGCAGCUUCGUCGAGCGCGACCUUAUCGAGCAGUCCAUGCUGGUAGCACUGGAGCAGGCUGGGCGUCUCAACUGGUGGGUGACGGUGGAUCCGAGCUGCCAGCGCCUGCUGCCCCUGGCCACCACUGGCGAUGGGAAUUGCUUGCUCCACGCUGCCUCCCUGGGCAUGUGGGGCUUCCACGACCGGGAUCUCAUGCUCCGGAAAUCCCUGUACACCCUGAUGGACAAGGGAGUGGAGCGGGAGGCGCUGAGGCGGAGAUGGCGCUGGCAGCAGACGCAGCAGAACAAGGAGUCUGGCCUGGUUUACACAGAGGAGGAGUGGCAGAAGGAGUGGAACGAGCUGAUCAAGUUGGCGUCGAGCGAGCCCCGCGUGCACUACGGCACCAACGGCGGCGGCUGCGGCGGGGUGGAGAGUUCAGAGGAGCCGGUGUAUGAGAGCCUGGAGGAGUUCCACGUCUUUGUCCUGGCCCAUGUGCUGAAGAGACCCAUUGUGGUGGUGGCAGACACGAUGCUGCGGGACUCGGGCGGCGAAGCAUUUGCCCCAAUUCCCUUUGGAGGGAUCUAUCUGCCCCUGGAAGUCCCGGCCAACAAAUGCCACCGGUCUCCAUUGGUUCUGGCUUAUGACCAAGCCCAUUUUUCUGCCCUGGUCUCCAUGGAACAGAAGGAAAACACAAAGGAUCAAGCUGUGAUCCCCCUGACAGACUCCGAGCACAAGCUGCUCCCCGUGCACUUCGCCGUGGAUCCUGGGAAGGAGUGGCAGUGGGGGAAGGACGACAGUGACAAUGUCAAGCUGGCCAGCGUGACACUGUCUCUGGAAGCCAAACUGCACCUGCUGCACAGCUACAUGAAUGUCCGAUGGAUCACGUUGCCUUGUGACAUGCAGGCGCCUCUGGCUCAGCCAGAAUCCCCCACGGCCUCCGCAGGUGACGACGCUCGCUCGGCAGCGGAGUCAGGCGAGUCGGACAAGGAGUCGGUGUGCAGCAGCUCCACCAGCAACGGCGGCACCAGGGCAGCCAAGGACAGGGAGAAACCCAAGAAAGAGCGGGAAAAGGAGAAGGAAAAGGAUAAAAAACGGGCAGACUCGGUAGCCAACAAGCUGGGAAGCUUCGGGAAGACUCUGGGCAGCAAACUAAAAAAGAACAUGGGGGGCCUGAUGCACGGCAAAGCCGUGAGGGGCGGCAUGAGCAACGGGCAAGGAGACACCCUGGAGAAGAAGAAGAAAGGAUCCCUGAAAGCACGGAAAGACAGCAAAGAGGAAUGUUCACCAGGAGACUUAGCUCCUGCAGAGAGAACGUGUCCAGGUAAAGCAGCCCUGGAGAAGCCCUCAGAUCCCCACAAGUACAGCAGCGACGUGCGGCUGAGCCUGAGCAUCCUGCGCGCCGCCAUGCAGGGCGAGCGCAAGUUCAUCUUCGCCAGCCACCUCAAGACCAGCACCCGGCACCAGUUCCAGGAGGAGAUGAUCCAGAGGUACCUCCUGGAUGCUGAGGAGCGUUUCCAUGCAGAGCAGAGGCAGAAGGAGGCAGAGAAGAAGGCACCGGGCAGCGCCGCCCCGGCCAAGAGGCCAGAAGGGGAGGCGGGCGCCCAGAGGAGCGAGGAGGCGAUGCCAAGCCCCGUGUUCCCCCGGCCCCUGGAGCCAGCCGUGGGUGCUAAAACGGCCGCUUUCCCCGCCGGCUGCUCGGGCGUUUUCACCUUCCCCAGGCCCUCCAUGGGCAGUGCUGAGGGGCUGUACCCACCCGGGUGCCCCGAGGGCCGGCGGCAGCUGGCGGGGGGGCCCUGUGGGAGCCUCCCCCCCUAUGCCACCCUGCCCCGGCACCACCAGGGCCGGCUCGGCCCCUGCCCCCCCGGCCCUGCCCACCUGGGCUGCUUCUCCCCCACGGACAUGGACGUCCAGCCUCCCCUCCUCCCUUCAGAGGGCAAGGGCUCCGGCUGCCUCCCCCCGCACAGCAACGGCUGCCGGGAAUUCCUCGAGCAGGACAAGGGAGGAACAGUGGAUAAAAUGAGAAGCCAAGCCGUCUACAGCAUCCAGCAGACCAAGUGCAAACAGCCCAACUGCAGCUUUUACGGACACCCGGAGACUGGGAAUUUCUGUUCCUGCUGUUACAGGGAGGAGCUGCGGCGCAGGGAACGGGAGGCGCUGGUGCACAGGUUCUGAUGCUCCCCCCUGUGCGGAUCCGGACCCGUGGAACGUGGGGAAUGCAAUAACAGAGAUUCAUUUUGGUUUUACACCCACCCACCCGUGCUCCUCUCCCACUCUGCAGGAUGUGGGAGCAGGCGUUUGGCCACAUGGGCUGGGAGUGGCGUGGGGCUGGUGGGGUUGAUGGGUGCAGGAGGGACACAG